GCACCCCAUGAAGCGGCAGCACGGCAGCCACCAGCUUCUCGGAGACUUGACUCCCAAAGGGAGACGACCCGAGAACUAGAGAGUGGCGUUUGUGAUGAUAUCGAACACCUUCGGGAAUUCCCACAGGAUAUCCCUUUGAGCAACGUCUCUCGCAUCACUCCACAGUUCCAAUUCCGCGUGCCAGGCUGACGGGGGAAUCCCGAAUUCCGAAAAAAAAUCCUUCCUUUUAUUCCCUCCAUCUUUCCGCUGCUUUCGGUUCUUUUUUUUAUCUUUUAUGAUGCUUUAAACCUCGGCGGAAGAGAAGAGCUCGGGUUCUUUGAGAAGAAAAGGAAGAGUUUUGUGAACUGAAAAAUGGAGAGAUGGAGGCUGCUACAAAUGGGGUCCUUUUUGCUGUGGGUGGCUCUGGUGUAUCAAAGGUUGGAGCUUUGCGUUUCCAUUAAUGCUGAAGGAAGGGCGCUUUUGAGAUUUAAAGAGAGGGUGGAAGUCGAUCCCCACGGUGCCCUUUCCAAUUGGAAAGAAGGUGAUGCUGAUCCAUGCUCCUGGUUCGGGGCCGUGUGCUCGGAUGAUGGAAGAGUCGUGGCUCCGAAUGUUGAGUUUGCAACCAUACGGAGACUUCUGCAUCAAUCUCCACUACCAACUCCAGCUCCAGCUCCAUCAUUCUCACCAAAUAAAAGUCUUGUUCCAACCUUGACAUCAGCAACAGACCGCGGAAAGCAUGUGACUUGGAUAAUACUCGGGUCAAUUGGAGGAGCAUCCAUUCUGCUGGUUUUAUCUGCCAUAUACUUGCUUUAUUGCCGAGCAAAAAGGGUUGUCACUGUCAUGCCUUGGACAACAGGUUUAAGGGGGCAAUUGCAGAAAUCAUUUCUGACAGGUGUACCUUCGCUAAGACGCUCGGAACUGGAAAUAGCUUGUGAAGAUUUCAGCAAUAUUAUUGGUUCUUUGUCAGAUUGCACAUUGUACAAGGGAACUCUGUCCAGUGGGGUCGAAAUAGCAGUGACAUCUACAAUUGUUACAUCGGCCAAGGAUUGGUUAGAACAAUAUCAAGCUCCCUUCAGAAAGAAGAUAUCAGUGCUGUCUGAAGUAAACCACAAGAAUUUUAUGAGCCUUCUUGGCUUUUGUGAGGAAGAAGAGCCUUUAACCAGGAUGAUGGUGUUUGAAUAUGCUCCAAAUGGAACGCUUUUUGAGCAUUUGCAUGUUAAAGAAGCAGAGCAGUUGGAUUGGGCUGCACGUCUACGGAUAGCCAUGGGAGUAGUGUACUGUUUAGAGUACAUGCACGGUCUCGACCCUCCUGUAGUUCUUAGAAAUUUGAACUCAUCAUCUAUAUAUCUAACUGAAGAUUAUGCGGCCAAGAUUUCGGAUCUUGGGUUUUUUGAUGAAGAAAAAGAUCCUGAGUCAGUUGCUGAUGCCUCAGACCAGGAGAGCAUUGUUUAUAAAUUUGGGAUAAUGCUGCUGGAAAUAAUUUCUGGGAGACUUCCAUUCUCCAAGGAUGAUGGCUUGCUUGUGCUCUGGGCUUCAGCUUAUCUUACUGGGAAAAGACCCCUUAGAAACAUGGCUGACCCAAGCCUCAGAUCGGUCCGAGAGGAAGAUAUCAGUGCACUGUGUGAGGUGAUAAGGUCCUGCAUAAAUCCAGAGCCAAAGAAGAGACCAACAAUAGCAGAGGUUGCCAACCAGAUGAGGCUAAUUACAGCGAUUCCGCCAGAUGAAGCAACUCCGAAAUUAUCUCCAUUGUGGUGGGCUGACCUAGAAAUUGCAUCUUCAUAGGAUGGCUAGGAAUGAAGAAGUAGACAGCAGUUAAUGAGGGUUUGCUUUUUGUUUUACAGUAAUGUCAUCUUCUUUUUUUUGGCAAAACUUCAUAAAAAACCCUGAACUUUACGACCCAAUUUAAUCCUUGGAGUCAGUUAUUUGUUUAUAAUCCUGUGAGUCGACUAAAAUUGUACACUCUAGGUUUUGCUUAGCUGUGCAGAAAGUCGAGGAUGGUGUAUGUUGGAGCAUGCCAAGAAUUGUAUACAGAUGCCUGUAUGAAGAAUUAUAAAGAUAUACGAAAUGUUGGUAUGUAAAAGAGCUUCUGUCCCUCUAUUUCA